CUCUCACUCCAGGGCAGCGGCAGCGGGCACGGAGCUGCACCGGGUCAUGGACACGUGAAGCGCAGCCGGGGGAGUCCGCUCCCGGCCCGGGCACCAUGGACAACCAGACCUGGGGCUUCGGCCCGUCCCCGGGCAAUGGCAGCGCCAACCAGACCCUGGGGAAGAUGCCGCAGCCGCCGCUGGAGCUGCAGGUGGCGACCAUCCUGCUGGUGCUGCUCAUCUGCGGCGUGGGCAUCGCGGGCAACGUGAUGGUGGUGCUGGUGGUGCUGCGCACCAAGCACAUGGUGACCCCCACCAACUGCUACCUGGUGAGCCUGGCCGUGGCCGACCUGAUCGUGCUGCUGGCGGCCGGGCUGCCCAACAUCUCCGAGGUGGUGGCGUCCUGGGUGUACGGCUACGCGGGCUGCUUGUGCAUCACCUACCUGCAGUAUCUGGGCAUCAACAUCUCGGCCUGCUCCAUCACCGCCUUCACGGUGGAGCGCUACAUCGCCAUCUGCCACUCCAUCAAAGCCCAGCUGCUGUGCACCGUGUCCCGGGCCAAGCGCAUCAUCGCGGGCGUGUGGCUCUUCACCUCGCUCUACUGCCUCAUGUGGUUCUUCCUGGUGGACACGUCGCAGGUCACCUUCGCGGACGGGGCGCAGGUCAGCUGCGGCUACCGCGUCUCCAGGACCCUCUACCUGCCCAUCUACUUUCUAGACUUCGCCCUCUUCUAUGUCAUCCCGCUGGGGGUGGCCACCGUGCUGUACGGCCUCAUCGCCCGCAUCCUCUUCAGCAACCCGCUGCCCGCCACCCCGCAGCACGCCCGCCCGGGCUCGGGGCACCAGGGCCAGCCCUCCAGCUCCAUGAAGCUGUCCUGCCGGGGCAACAAGGGCGCGCUGAGCUCCAGGAGGCAGGUUACCAAGAUGUUGGCCGUGGUAGUGAUCCUCUUUGCUGUCCUAUGGAUGCCUUACCGCACACUGGUUGUGGUCAACUCCUUCAUGGACCCUCCUUACCUGAACAUCUGGUUCCUCCUCUUCUGUAGGAUGUGCAUCUACCUGAAUAGUGCCAUCAACCCCAUCAUUUACAACCUGAUGUCUCAGAAAUUUAGAGCUGCUUUCCGAAAAUUAUGCAAAUGUGAGCAGAAGAGGACUGAAAACGUCACUCAGUAUAACAUCCCAGUAUACUACAGUGUCAUGAAGGACAAUUCCCACGAUAGCUCUGAUCAUGAUGUUACAGAACAAGAAGAUCUAAAUGGUUUUCCUUCCAUAGCAAAGAAAAGUAAGCUUUCCAGCUAAACAUAGUGACACAGAAGCAAAUAGUCCUUGAAAAGUUUGUGGUUGCAUAUGCACUGUCUGGAAAUGCCUAUUGAAAUUGUUUCUGCAAUGUGUGUACAGCAUGCAGCAAGCUUAAUUUAAUAGCUCCCUAGAGCAUUUAACAAAAUAGAUUCUUAGAGGGCAAAUUAAUUUACUUUUCCUUUGUGUUAAUUUAUUCUCAGUGGGUACAAUGUGUUAGACGUUGGUCAAAAUUUUGCAUCCUUAAACAGCCUGUGGUUAAUGUAACAGUGCAAUGAAGUUUCCUGCUAUGUGCAAACAUUUGUACUUGUUGAGCUGGGUCAGAGCUUCCAGAAAUCUCCAAAGGAAAAAAAAUCAAGGGUGGAUUUGGGUCUUCAGUAUUAAAUCUUCUCCAUUAACCUCUGCCUUUCACCUGGUGUUUAAGGACCAGUGAACUGCUAGAAAGACUGUCUUUCUGGUAGGACAUAAAAUUGAGACCUAGGCCACUUGAAGUUAUUAAAUAAAAAUCCCAUUUGAAUAAUAGGAGUGGUGUUUGCUGAAGACAUUGGAACUCAUUUCAAUUCAGAUAAUUUUAUCUUUCCAACUCUAAAUUUUGCCAGCAGUUUCAGUGGUGCUUUUCAGUAAGCUGUUGUGUGAUGUUGCUGUUAAAACAGGCAUUACACUGUAUACAAAAAUGGCUACAUUUCCUUAGCUGAUGAAUCUGCUAUUUACCAUCAACAAUUUGUAUAAAGUGACUUUGACUUUGUCAUGGUGAACGGUACCAUAUAGAUGUAUAAUAGUCCCAUUUUUAAUUGUCAUUACAAUCUUGAAAGAGGAGUAGAUGUUCAUACUUCUAUAUGUCAACAAAACCAUGUCAAAGGAGCAUGUCCCCGGCUCGAAGCUGACACUCAUCUGUAAUACCACUUGGUAAGAGCAACAGCCAGUCACCAGUAGUACUUCUUGUGGGAGUAUUUUCACUCCCAGGCAGUAAAACAGCACUGUCUAUAACAGCAAGCACCACUUAAGAGCAACACAGCACCAUGCAGCAACAUGUUGCUUCUGAAAAGGAUUGGACUGUAUUUGAACAGCACUUAAAGCAGAGAAAGCUGCACUGACUGGAAGGAAUAUGCUCAACCCUAAUAUUUUUCUGUAUUAAAAAUGGCAGUAUUCAGUAAGACCAGUGAGUAACAGCAACAAUCUCCCUCAGCACUAUUAGCUCACAUUCUCACCACGCGUUAGACAUCAUGUUUCAUUACGGUGUAGGUUUACUCUACCUUACAGCACCGCAUCCUUAGAAAGUGGCGGGUGCUACUUUUACAGCACAAAUUUGCAGGUAUCCCAAUAUCUACAUACACAACAGAACUUGGGAAUUCUGUCCUGUAUUAUGCCCAAACUGGAGACUAUAUAGCACAUACUUAGUUUUGGUGUGAUGUGUGUAUAUUAUACUGUCUUUUAUGUAAUGGUCUUGUUCAAAAAUAACUGUAGGGCAAAGAAAAUCUAAAAACAUAUUUUAAAUAUAUUCAAAUAAUUCUUGAACAUUCA